UAGACGCCGCUUAUAAGACUCACGGAUAUAAGGUUCAGUCGCUUAAUAGACUCAAAAUCGUCUAGAACGGUCCGGACGUAUGCAAAUACAUUAAAAAAAAAUCGGUUAUAAGACUCAACACUUCGGUUAUAAGACUCAAAUUUCGUAUAAUAAAUAGUAAAAAAUAAACUUUUUUGGUUAUAAUUUAGAAUUAAAUUGGUAUUGAAAAAUUAAAUAAUAUUCGUGUUGAUUAUUUCUAGUUUCUGUUGGUACCUUAUAACGUAUAUAUAAUAAUUUUUAUCGCAGAUAAAAGUUCACAUUUAUCGCAAUGAUUAUCGUUAUUAUAGUGUACUGAUUAUCUGGCGGCUGCACAGUUAUCGUAAUUACGGGUACAUAAAUACACACACGUACACGUGCACAUGUACAUACUCAGUUAUCAUUGCAGUCAACGGUAUAAUUGUUGUACAAUGAACGAUCAGUCGGUAUUCGAAUUUCAACGUGUGCUUUUAUUGUUGUUAGCAUGAGUGCUAAUACGCGACGUGCUCUUAGUUUGAAUGACAAACUAGACAUUUUAAGAAAAUAUGAUCAACUUCCAAAGAUGGGACAACGUGAUGCAGCAGUUAGGCUGAACAUUUCACAAUCGGUAUUGGGUAGAAUAUUGAAGAAUAGGGAAGACAUUGAAUGUGAAGCAUUACAAAAUGAGUCGCUAAGUCGAAAAAGGAAAAGAUGUGGAAAGGAUGAUACUGUUGAACGUGCAUUGAAAGAAUGGUUCGUAAAAGUUAGAAAUAAAGAUGCUCGCGUGUCAGGUCCUUUGCUUCGCCAAAAAGCUGAAGAAUUGGCAGAAAAAAUGGGGAAGGUUGACUUUAAAGCGACAGAGGGGUGGUUCCAUCGGUGGAAAAAAAGAGAAAAAAUUUGUUACCAAAAAAUGCACGGAGAACAAGGUGACGCAGAUUUUACGGGUGCACAUUUUUGGCUAGAAAAUGAAUGGCCUUCACUCAUCUCCGAAUUUUCACCCUCUGAUGUGUUUAAUGCUGAUGAGACUGGCCUGUACUUUAGAGCACUACCUGAGCAUACUUAUGUUCUUCAAAAUAACAAAGCAAAGGGAACAAAAUCUUCUAAAGAACGAAUAACGAUCUUGUGUUGUGCCAGUAUGACGGGAGAAAAAAAGAAACUGCUUGUUGUCGGGAAAAGUAAGCAACCUCGUUGUUUCAAAGGAAUUAAAGCUUUACCUGUUGAUUAUACAGCGAAUAAAAAUGCAUGGAUGACUCAAGAAAUCUUUAGUCAGUGGUUGAUUAAAUGGGAUAAUGAAUUAGACAGAAAAAUUAUACUUUUAGUAGACAAUUGCACAGCUCACAAUGUAAGUUUAAACUUGAAAAAUAUAAAACUGGUUUUUUUACCGGCUAAUACCACAUCACUUAUUCAGCCUUGUGAUCAAGGAAUUAUUCGUACACUUAAAGCUUACUAUAGAUUAAAAAUGAGAAAAAGGGUAAUUACUCUCAUUGAUGAAAUGUUUGAAUGUGAGUCAACUUCGACUUUAAAGGCUAAUGACCUUUCCAAGAAAAUCAACAUUCUCGAAGCCUUACACUUUGUCAACGAAGCGUGGAAUAAUAUUAGUGAUGCGACUAUUCGAAAUUGUUUUCGUCACGGAGGCUUCGUCAAAACUGAGGAAGAGGACGAGGAAGAAGAAGAAGAUGACCAUAGUAAAGACCUCGCUGACAAAACAUAUGAGGAUUGGAUGGAUAUAGAUCAUGAUCUCCAAACUUCUGAAGAGUAUUCUGAGGACCAAAUUUGUCAGUCUAUUAUAAAUGAAAUCACCAAUAACAACGAUGAGGAGAAUGACGAAAGCGAUGAAGAAGAAGUCGACGUCGUGGUUAAACCACCAUCAAAUAAAGAGGUUCUGGAGGCUUUAGACGUGAUAAGGAGAGCUGUCCAUCACCGUAGUAAUAAUUUUAAUAUACAAUACGAAUACGAACAGUAUAUUUUCGGAAUAUUGGAACAAAAUAAAAAACAAACUAAAAUUACAAAUUUUUUUCAAAAAUAAUUUUUAUGAUAUUUUUAUUUGUAAUAUUUACCUAUUAUAAUUUAAUUUUUUUUUAUCGGGAUUAUUAAAUUUAUUCAAUAAUAAUAAAGUAUGUAAUGUGUAAUAUAUGUUAAUGUAUUAAAAUCAAAGCAAAAUAUGUAGUAAAAUAAAAUUUAUAAAUACGUAAUUAAUUUUUUUUUUCACUUCGCCUAUAAGAUUCAUUCGGUUAUAAGACUCACUUUGUGCUGGUCCCAAAGUGAGUCUUAUAAGCGGCGUCUACU